AUGGAAGCGCACCAACAGGACCGGGACAGGGAGGAUAGGAAAAAGAUAGAGAAGGCCAUCCUCAACAAACUCAAAGAUAUACACGCCAUCAAGGAGCGCCUCUACACUCUUCGCUACGACACCACGCAACCACACGAGGACACUGUGCGUGACGUGGAGAACCUCAUCCAUGAGUUGAAGAGACUCGAGAGUGGUCUGGUGUUCUUGCGGGAGGAGGCAUGGCGCAACUUCGAGCAAUCUCUCAACCUGCCGGCCCUUGGCCUUGCCGAGGGCUCCCUCAUCAAAGCCAUCAAGGGCGAACAGCCGCCAGGCGCAGCCAGUGCCGGCAGCACACAAGCCACCGCAGAGGGAGCCGGCGUGCGAUUGGAUGACUCCAGCGAGCUCAAGAUGAUGCGGACGAGAAGCACCAAGACUCUGGAGGACAAGAGCCCGCAGGAGAAAUGGCAGGCCAUGUUCCGAAUGUUCCAGGAGUGGCGUCGCCACACGACCCUCGCUGAAGCGCAGCGCUUGUCGGAAAAGGACGCCAAGGCGCUGAAGCGGGAGCAAGUGGCCAAGCUGCGCGCCGCGGUGUACACCCUGCAGCAGAAGAAGGAGCUCACUCAAUCCGACCAGCUGCUUCUGCAGCAGCUCUCCCAGCGCCUUCGCAUGCUGCACAACACCUAG